AUGAUUGUGCUUAUAAUUGUUGUCAACGUUGCUUAUAGUCUGCAGGCUGGUCUUGUUGUCGGACAAGGAUUCACUUCAUGUGAAUACAAUUAUAACUGUACUGCAAACACGAACUUGGGUGUCAUCAAUCUGAACGGAGCUAAUGCAGCAGACCCGUACCAAACUUCGGACCCCGUCAGCAAAGCUGAAUAUUUUUGGAAACCAUGCACCGAUUUCACGGUAUCAGGUGUCACAGCUGGGGCUCUACAACAGUCUCCUGGUGCCAGCAUCCAGGACAUUGGAAUGCACGCCCAGGCAUUCUGUGAUGUAUUAGAUGGGUACAUAAGGUUUAACAUGAUGUCGUCGACCUUUACUAGGUUUACCUACGUCAAAUGCGUUUGUGGUGCAGCCAGUACAUUUAUAUUCGACAAUGAAUAUUCAUCGAAUGAUUUCAACUUUAUUUUCACGUCAAACCACUGCUGUCCGAACUACAGUCCUCCAGGUGUGAGGGUCACAGUGACUGUCAGUCCGGGGACCGUGCUGGUUAUCAUAUUUUUCACUGGGAUCAUUGCGUAUUUUCUAUUCGGGACAAUAUUCCAGAUCGUUUUGAGGAAAGCCGAAGGCAGGGAAAGGAUACCUAAUGUCUCCUUCUGGUCAGAUCUUCCUGGACUGGUCAUGGCUGGCUUCAAAUUUACCUUCACUUGUGGACAUAAACUUGGAUAUAGGGAGAUCUAA